CGACUUCUCAAUUUCCGAGGGUAUGCUGGCGGGAUUCAGAUUGUAUAUCUGUCCCUUAAAUUUGAACUCAGACACUCGAAACAUCUGCCUUCCAAUGGCAAUUCGAUGACUCUUUCGUCACCAUGGUGAGACGGCGGGCCUGCGAUGGCUGCUACCUCCGCAAGAACAGAUGUACUGGCGAUCAACCCUGCCACAACUGCGUCAGGGCUGGCUUUGAGUGCUCCUACGCUAAGAAACCAGCAAAGCCAGGCCCUAAGGGCCCACGUCGCGGAACUUACCUUCGGGUCAAUAAGGAACUCCAAGAAUUGAGGGACAGAGCUGCUCCCGGUCCAGCCACGCCUCCAUGGCCAGGCGAUGCAGGAUCAAGCUCGCCUCAAGACACAUGCCUAUCGGAAAAUUUAUCUUCUUCGGAUCCGUUUCCCUUAAUCUCCAGUGGUGAGGUCCUGCCAUCGGCGGAAUGGGAGUCAAACUUCUCCCUAUCUGAGGUUCUGGCUUAUCUGGAAAUUUACCAUCAGCGAAUGUAUCCUGUUUGGCCGGUGGUUGAUAGAACUCGCCUGGGCAGUAUGCUCAUGAAAGACUGGAACAAUUGCGAAACAUGCGCUCUAGCGUUCGGAAUAUGUGCGGCAACCAUCGCCCAGCUACGAAUUGAUUCAGAGGGUUUUCCUCCAGGCAAUACCGCUGCCUCUCAAAAACGAGAAAAAGGCAUGGUGGCUGAUCGAUUUGCGGUGGAAGCAGAACGAUAUCGCUCCUUGUAUGAUUACCGUGAGAGUACUAGCAUUGAGGCGGUCCUGGUGCCUCUGUUCCUGCAUUUCUACUAUGGGGCUGAACAGAAGAUACAGACCGCUUCAUUCCUACUGGGAGAGUCGGUGAGGAUGUGUCAACUUUUAGGGCUAGACAAGGAAGACACAUAUCAGUGUCUGGACCUGGCGGAAGACAGCUAUAGACGGAGGACUUUCUGGCUUCUUUACGUGACUGAAAGAGGCCAUGCCAUGCAACAUGGUACCAACAUUUGCUUGACCAAUUCCAUCAAAUUCUCAUCACCUGGCCAUGCAGGUGAGAGGCGACUCCUUGAGGCUUUUGAUAAUCUGGUUGGUCUCUUCACGUCUGUUGAGGGGAUCCUCCUGGAUCCAAAAGGCCACGGCAGGUCUCAAAACAAACAAUACUGUAAAGAAACGCUGUCACAGCUGCAGAGCCAACUUCGUCAACACAUCCAAUGGCCUGAGGAAUAUAACGAGGUCCAGAGAACAGAUAUUGUUGUCACCCAACAGUGGCUUCGGAUACUGCUCUGGCAACUUUCCUUGAAAAAAACCUAUCUGUCGAGCGGUUCAACGGAUGCGAGCAUGUCCCUAACAUAUCCAGCUCACGUGGCAAGAGACGCACUGCAGUUCGUCUCCAACGUGUCAUUGGGGACCCUCGUGGCACAUGGUCCUGGAAUGGAAAUCAAACUGUUCGAGAUCGCAAGUACGCUUUUAGAUGUGAUCAACUGCGUUCCAUCUCUAUCACAAGAUACCUCUCUUCGGAGUCGGGAUAUUCUCCAUCAUCUGUGUUAUCGACUGUUUGCGCUGAGUAAUGGCAAGGCGCAGCGGUUAGAAGUACUGCAGAGAAAAUUGGGCGAAUCCAGGAUUUCUUAUCUACCAUUCAACCCCCUUCCCCUGAUUGGCGACCAUCCUUCUGCACACUCUCGAGCACAUAAUCCGACCUCUGAAGAGACAGGCGAAGAGGAAGAGCAGCAUGAGUGACCGUUUAGGUGAUUGUCAACAGGGAUCCGAAGUGGUAAUGACAAACUCUUGCAUGAUUAUAAUAAAAAAGCGCAUGGAAACAAAUAUUCGAAAGACAACGCUGGAUCAAUCGGGGCAUGUGCCGGCCCGACCUGUAAACGGAAUAUUGAAACUUCUUAGAGUCUCUCAAUCUCUCGUCAGAGCCACUGCUUCCUGUCGCAGUGUUUGAUCUCUCCAAAAGCACCCUGCCCCCUGCGAGAAUUGGGGACAGUCUCUGUUGGAACGGACCAGUUGCCGCUUCGUAGUCCAAGGAACGUAGCUGGCAUUUCUCAUGCAAUAGCUCUGUACUCUGGUUUUGUGGAAGCGAAUUGCGAUAUGCC